GGCACGGGGUCCCGGGGGAGCCAUGGCGAGGGACCCGCCCCAGAAGCGCUUCUACCGGCAGUGGGCUCACUCCAACCCCCUGGCGGACCACACAUUGCGCUAUCCCACAAAACCCGAGGAAAUGAACUGGGCUGAGCACUACCCUGAGUUCUUCGCCCCGUUGACCAGAGAUGACUGUCACGAUGACCCGAAGGACUCUGAGGAGAGAGCGAAGCCUGUGGCACAAGUCGAAUUCACUGAUAUUGGCUGCGGUUAUGGGGGCUUGUUGGUCGAGUUGUCACCCCUCUUCCCCAACACCUUAAUGCUGGGCUUGGAGAUCCGAGUGAAGGUCUCGGAUUACGUCCGCGACCGGAUCCAGUCUCUGAGAGCAUCCCAUCCCGGGCAGUACCAGAACAUCGCCUGUAUCCGCAGCAAUGCCAUGAAGCACCUGCCCAACUUCUUUCACAAGGGGCAGCUGGCCAAGAUGUUCUUCCUUUUCCCGGACUCGCACUUCAAGAAGACCAAGCACAAGUGGCAGAUCAUCAGCUCUACGCUGCUGGCUGAAUACGCCUAUGUCCUGCGCAUUGGGGGCCUGGUGUAUACCAUAACCGACGUGGAAGAGGUGCAUGAGUGGAUGGUCGGGCACUUCAGAGGGCACCCGCUCUUCGUCCAGGUGCCCUUGGAGGACUUGGGCAGCGACCCUAUCGUGAGGCGCCUGGGGACCUCCACCAAGGAGGGAAAGAAAGUCCAGCAGAACAGCGGCAAGAUCCCUGCUGUCUUCCAGCACAUCGAAGCCGAAGCCCUGCAGGGGGCAUUGGGCACAGAGCCGUGCCAGGGGGCUCCAGACACGUGACUGUGGACUCAAGAGAUGGAUCAUCAUGGACCGCUUCCUGCAGCUGU